AGUAUACCAUAACAACUUCAAAAGAAAGUUGCUAAGUUUUUUUGAAAUUUGAAAGUUGCUAAGUUUAAAUACUCAACCUUGAGUCUCAUUUGACAAAAAAUGUGACCCUUGUUAAUAUUCUAAUAUAUUUUGCAAUUUAUUUAAGUUUUAAUUUUUUUUUUAAUCUUAUAAUAAUUGAUGGGCCAUAAAUUGAAAGUGACAUUUAUAUAGAAACAUUAUGGUUCGUUUAUCUCAUUGAAAGGGAAGGAGAAAGCUCAGAAUUUGCAAAACUCUAACAAACUGUAUCAGAGUGACUCAAUCUAUCCAUCUAAAUUAAACAAAACAAUGAGUGUACUAUCUCGAGUUCAAUCCAUGGCUUCCACUAUUCUCAUCACUCCUAAAGGAGGAUUAUUAUCAAACGCAGUUCAUCUUCCUUAUCGCAACAAUCUCUUUCUUCACUCCCCAACUUUCCGUUCAUUUUCUCUCUCCUCAUCUCCAAUUUCUCCAGAGGUAUGCCAAGUAACUCAAGCUACAAAGAAUGAAGUGGAUGUAUUACUUAAAGGAGUUAGUGACAGAAACCUUAUUGAACAGAUAAAGCAUAUUAUUGAUAUGGCAAACCGGGCAUCAUUGAGAAGAGAAGUCCUGCAUACAGAUUUUCUUACCCCACCUGUAUUAAAUGAGGCUAUGGUGGCCUUAAACAAGUUAGCUGAUGUGAAUGCUAUUCCUAAUGGUGGAUAUUUGGAGGCAGAGAGGUGUCGACUUUCAGUGGGACACCCAGAAGUUCUUAGAUCUGUUUCUGAUACCGUCGCAGCAUUGAGCAUUACAGGGAACUUUGGAUAUCAACCACCUACCCAUGGGGACUUCCUUGGCUCAAUUCUAGGCACAGGGAUUGCCAGAGAAAAGCUUGGAGAUAUUCUCCUUCAGGGAGAAAAAGGGGCCCAAGUUCUUAUUGUUCCUGAGCUUGUUGACUAUAUGAUGUCAUCAUUAGACAAGGUUGGUAAGGUUUUUGUCUCUUGUACAUUGAUACCAUUGGAAGAACUCGAAUAUGAACCACCAAGGAUUAAGACACUGAAGACAGUAGAGUCGUCGUUGAGAGUUGAUGCUAUAGCUAGUGCUGGAUUUAAAAUUUCACGCUCAAAGUUUGCUGAUUUGAUAAGCAAAGGAGAUGUCCGCAUUAACUGGAAUACUGUGACGAAAAACGGAGCUACACUUAAGACUGGUGACAUCGUCUCAGUCAGUGGCAGUGGGAGAUUGAAGAUCAGCGAGAUAGUUACAACAAAGAAGGGAAAAUAUGCAGUUGAACUUAUACGAUAUCUGUAGUGAGCUGACUGAUAUAUGACCAUAUUCAAAGAUUUACCUGGUGUAUGGUCUGCAACACAGACAUCUUGAAGCAUGUCAGGAUCAUUGGCAAAGGCCCCAGUAGCAAUUGCCGCUAGUAGUACCAUCAGGACCGCC